GAUAUUUGUCAAAGAAAUCCUAUUUCAAUUCGCUCAUUUUGCGUUUGACUUCCAAAGUGAACACUUGAAACUAAAAGAAAUUGUGUAAAUUCAGCAGAAAAGCAAUUAAUAUCUAAUAAUAAAAACGCAACUUUAAGCAAAAGUAUUGGAAGUAGAGGAAUUAUCAAUAUGCAGAUCUUCGUAAAAACUUUGACGGGAAAGACCAUCACCUUGGAGGUGGAGCCUUCCGAUACGAUCGAGAACGUUAAGGCCAAGAUUCAGGACAAGGAGGGAAUCCCUCCAGACCAGCAGCGUCUGAUCUUCGCCGGCAAGCAACUGGAAGAUGGUCGGACUUUGUCAGACUAUAACAUCCAGAAGGAGUCGACCCUCCACUUGGUCCUCCGUCUGCGUGGUGGUAUGCAGAUCUUCGUGAAGACCCUGACGGGAAAGACCAUCACCCUGGAGGUGGAACCUAGUGACACGAUCGAGAACGUGAAGGCCAAGAUUCAGGACAAGGAGGGCAUCCCUCCAGACCAGCAGCGUCUGAUCUUCGCCGGCAAGCAGCUGGAAGAUGGUCGGACUUUGUCAGACUAUAACAUCCAGAAGGAGUCGACCCUCCACUUGGUCCUCCGUCUCCGUGGUGGUAUGCAGAUCUUCGUGAAGACCCUGACGGGAAAGACCAUCACCCUGGAGGUGGAACCUAGUGACACGAUCGAGAACGUGAAGGCCAAGAUUCAGGACAAGGAGGGCAUCCCUCCAGACCAGCAGCGUCUGAUCUUCGCCGGCAAGCAGCUGGAAGAUGGACGCACUCUUUCCGACUACAACAUCCAGAAGGAGUCGACCCUCCACUUGGUCCUCCGUCUCCGUGGUGGUAUGCAGAUCUUCGUGAAGACCCUGACGGGAAAGACCAUCACCCUGGAGGUGGAACCUAGUGACACGAUCGAGAACGUGAAGGCCAAGAUUCAGGACAAGGAGGGCAUCCCUCCAGACCAGCAGCGUCUGAUCUUCGCCGGCAAGCAGCUGGAAGAUGGACGCACUCUUUCCGACUACAACAUCCAGAAGGAGUCGACCCUCCACUUGGUCCUCCGUCUCCGUGGUGGUAUGCAGAUCUUCGUGAAGACCCUGACGGGAAAGACCAUCACCCUGGAGGUGGAACCUAGUGACACGAUCGAGAACGUGAAGGCCAAGAUUCAGGACAAGGAGGGAAUCCCUCCAGACCAGCAGCGUCUGAUCUUCGCCGGCAAGCAGCUGGAAGAUGGUCGCACCUUGUCGGAUUACAACAUCCAGAAGGAGUCGACCCUCCACUUGGUGCUCCGUCUGCGUGGUGGUAUGCAAAUCUUCGUGAAGACCCUGACGGGAAAGACCAUCACCCUGGAGGUCGAGCCCAGUGACACGAUCGAGAACGUGAAGGCCAAGAUUCAGGACAAGGAGGGCAUCCCUCCAGACCAGCAGCGUCUGAUCUUCGCCGGCAAGCAGCUGGAAGAUGGUCGGACUUUGUCAGACUAUAACAUCCAGAAGGAGUCGACCCUCCACUUGGUCCUCCGUCUGCGUGGUGGUAUGCAGAUCUUCGUGAAGACCCUGACGGGAAAGACCAUCACCCUGGAGGUGGAACCUAGUGACACGAUCGAGAACGUGAAGGCCAAGAUUCAGGACAAGGAGGGCAUCCCUCCAGACCAGCAGCGUCUGAUCUUCGCCGGCAAGCAGCUGGAAGAUGGUCGCACCUUGUCGGAUUACAACAUCCAGAAGGAGUCGACCCUCCACUUGGUGCUCCGUCUGCGUGGUGGUAUGCAAAUCUUCGUGAAGACCCUGACGGGAAAGACCAUCACCCUGGAGGUCGAGCCCAGUGACACGAUCGAGAACGUGAAGGCCAAGAUUCAGGACAAGGAGGGCAUCCCUCCAGACCAGCAGCGUCUGAUCUUCGCCGGCAAGCAGCUGGAAGAUGGACGGACUCUCUCUGACUACAACAUCCAGAAGGAGUCGACCCUCCACUUGGUCCUCCGUCUGCGUGGUGGUAUGCAGAUCUUCGUGAAGACCCUGACGGGAAAGACCAUCACCCUGGAGGUGGAACCUAGUGACACGAUCGAGAACGUGAAGGCCAAGAUUCAGGACAAGGAGGGCAUCCCUCCAGACCAGCAGCGUCUGAUCUUCGCCGGCAAGCAGCUGGAAGAUGGUCGGACUUUGUCAGACUAUAACAUCCAGAAGGAGUCGACCCUCCACUUGGUCCUCCGUCUGCGUGGUGGUAUGCAGAUCUUCGUGAAGACCCUGACGGGAAAGACCAUCACCCUGGAGGUGGAACCUAGUGACACGAUCGAGAACGUGAAGGCCAAGAUUCAGGACAAGGAGGGAAUCCCUCCAGACCAGCAGCGUCUGAUCUUCGCCGGCAAGCAGCUGGAAGAUGGUCGCACCUUGUCGGAUUACAACAUCCAGAAGGAGUCGACCCUCCACUUGGUGCUCCGUCUGCGUGGUGGUAUGCAAAUCUUCGUGAAGACCCUGACGGGAAAGACCAUCACCCUGGAGGUGGAACCUAGUGACACGAUUGAGAACGUGAAGGCCAAGAUUCAGGACAAGGAGGGCAUCCCUCCAGACCAGCAGCGUCUGAUCUUCGCCGGCAAGCAGCUGGAAGAUGGUCGCACUCUUUCCGACUACAAUAUCCAGAAGGAGUCGACCCUCCACUUGGUCCUCCGUCUGCGUGGUGGCAUGCAGAUCUUCGUGAAGACCCUGACGGGAAAGACCAUCACCCUGGAGGUCGAGCCCAGUGACACGAUCGAGAACGUGAAGGCCAAGAUUCAGGACAAGGAGGGCAUCCCUCCAGACCAGCAGCGUCUGAUCUUCGCCGGCAAGCAGCUGGAAGAUGGUCGGACUUUGUCAGACUACAACAUCCAGAAGGAGUCGACCCUCCACUUGGUCCUCCGUCUGCGUGGUGGUAUGCAGAUCUUCGUGAAGACAUUGACGGGAAAGACCAUCACCCUGGAGGUGGAACCUAGUGACACGAUCGAGAACGUGAAGGCCAAGAUUCAGGACAAGGAGGGCAUCCCUCCAGACCAGCAGCGUCUGAUCUUCGCCGGUAAGCAACUGGAAGAUGGCCGCACCUUGUCGGAUUACAACAUCCAGAAGGAGUCGACCCUCCACUUGGUCCUCCGUCUGCGUGGCGGCUGCCCAGCUUAAUUUAAGUAGAAAGGCGCAUACAAAUCUAAUGGGCAAAACUAAUUAUCGAACACUGAAAAUCAAGCUACAGAGUUGCCAAAUUUUUUAAUUUCUGCAAAAUAACACGACCGCAAGAAAAAAUUCCAAAUUUACAAGUUCAAGCAUUGAGCCGAUUUUACUGUGACUGCUGUUUCUUCUGGCUUAAAAUUGUCUUGCUUCAAAUUCCAAAUACAAUUAUAAUAAAUUAAUUAUUCAAAGAUAAA